CUCCAUACUUGCCGGCAGAUCUGUCACUGUCAGCGCUCUUCUUCUGUCAUCCUCAUCCACACGUUCGCGAGCGUGACCCUUUGCGUCAGAUAGCGUCAUGGCCACCAGUACAGCCCCCGCCUGGCACAGUGCAUACCCGCAGCCUCGGAAUGAGACCCCCAAUGCCAUGACACGAAGAGCAGUGCUUGGCUGGCUUCAAGAUGGUCAAAAGCCGGGAGUCGACUUCUUGCUGAUCGACCUGCGCCGCACCGAUCAUGAAGGCGGAACAAUCCGAGGGUCUUUGAAUCUGCCAGCACAAAGCCUUUAUCACAGCCUGCCAACCUUGUUGAGCCUGUGCCAAACAGCGGGCAUUAAGAGCGUCAUCUUCUACUGUGGUUCGUCGCGAGGUCGUGGCACACGCGCAGCCGGAUGGUUUCAGGACCUCUUGGACGAUACAAAGACGGAAGGAAUCCAGAGUGCAAUCUUGCUCGACGGAGUCAAAGGCUGGGUCCGUGCUGGUGAAGAAUAUACCUCCCUCAUGGAUGGAUACGAUCCCAAACCCUGGUCAGAGGGGAAAUAGACCGAAGCUCAAUACUAGUAUCACCGAUCCGCUAUCGGACGAGUUGGGAUAGCGUAUGCAUGCAGUUUCAGAAGCCGUAUGGGGGUGGUUCCUAACAGCCUUGCUGCAGCGGCCUUCUCAGUUCAAGGGUCGCUGAUGAAGUCUAAUAGUUCAAACAAGAGUUUAC